AUGGUCAAGACCAAAGUGGCAGAACCUUCCACCCCACUCGAUCUCUCCAUUCCCGGCUACAACGAAGCUUUUGAGGAUCAACUGGUGCAUAAACUUGUUGGUCGGAUCCAAGACAGCAAGAGACCUAUGAUAUUGAUUGAUGCAUUUGCCGCGGGCUUUUGCGUCAACGCGGAAAUCAAUGACCUGGUCAGGGAGACUGACUUCCCUACACUAGCAACUCCGGGCGGCAAGGGUGUUGUCGAUGAACACUUGCCCAAUUUCCAUGGCGUCCACCUAGGAUCAGCGGGAACCUCAGCCCACCAGGCAUGGGCUGGAGCUCGUGACCUGGUCCUCCAUUUUGGCCCCCUGAACUCGGACACCAACACCUUUGGCUUUACUGCGAUACCCAACCCUCAAGUCACCGUCGCCUUUGAGAGGCAUUCUGUGCAAAUAGGAGGCACGGAUGAAAUACUUACUGGCGGCUGUUCUAUAUCUAUUAAGGCUACCCUCAACAAGCUUUUGGCUCGAUUGAGGACUUUGCGGCGCUCAGCGCCCGACCCAUACCCAAACGAGUGCCAGACUCCCAGGGAGGCUCUCCGCAAGCUCCCCAAGCCAAGAGACGAGUCCGCGGUUGAUCAGUAUUCAUUCUGGCUUCUCAUCUCCACUUACAUCAAGUCAGGCGAUAUCGUCUUGACCGAAACUGGGACUGCUUCAUAUGGCAGCCAUAGUCUCAUUCUCCCAGGGGAGACAGUUGCCAUAAACUCUACAAUUUGGCUUUCUAUUGGCUACAUGCUUGCCGCAUGUCAAGGAGCUUCACUUGCUCAGAAGGAAAUGUGCGAGGCUGGCACCCGACGCCCGGGGAGGACUAUUUUAUUUGUGGGAGACGGAAGCCUUCAAAUGUCAGCCCAAGCUGUCAGCGACAUGAUUCGGAAUAGGCUCAAUGUCACCAUUUUUAUUCUGAACAACAAUGGCUACACAAUCGAACGUCUCAUCCAUGGCCCUAACGCAACAUACAACGAUGUCCAACCAUGGCGAAACCUGGAGGCACCCAGUUAUUUUGGAGCACCAAAGGAUGAGCCGUCGUAUCCUGUGAGGACGUUUGCUGCCCAAAACUGGGGCGAGCUGCAAAAGAUUAUCAACAACGCAGGAUUGAAAAAGGGCAAUGGACUCAAUAUGGUCGAAGUAAAGAUGGGAGUGGAUGAUGCACCUCAAUCGCUCAGAUCAUUCGCCGAAUACUUGGAGAUGAGGAACCGAGGGGAAGUAUGA